GUUGCUACUGCGGCUGUCAGCUUCAAACAUGGCUUCUAGACUGGAGAUCAAUUUUAUCAGAUUGUUGUCCCGCUGUGAGUCUAUAGCGUCGGAGAAACGAGGAGAAGCAGAAUGGAGGUUAGAAAAGUAUGUCGGUGCUCUGGAGGAGAUGAUGGUGGCUCUGAGGAAAAGCGUGAGCAAACCCACUGCAGAAUUACUGACUGAAUACAUGAGAAAAGUAGACUUCCUGAAAGGACUUCUUGAGGCAGACAAACUGUCUUCAACGACAGAGAAGGCUUUAGCCAAUCAGUUCCUCGCCCCCGGACGAACCCCCACGAUAGCCAAUGAGAGGAUGCCGGUCUCUAAAACGGUCCACAUGCAGACGAAGGCGCGAUGCACCGGAGAGAUGAGGGACGAGCUGCUCGGCACGGGGUUGUCAGGCAAAGGCAUGUCGGAAAACGAAUUGCGAAACAGAAGAGGAGUUCCUAUGGACGAGCGUCAGUCGGCGGCGGAGCUGGAGGCCGUGCUGCAGCACCACCACAACCUGCAGGAGAAACUGGCCGAGGACAUGCUGAACCUGGCCAGGAACCUGAAGAACAACAGCCUGGCAGCGCAGAACAUCAUCAAGCAGGACAACCAGACUCUGAGCCACUCGAUGCGUCAGGCCGAUCUGAACUUCGAGAAGCUGAAGACGGAGUCGGAGCGUCUGGAGCAGCACACCAAGAAGUCUGUGAACUGGAUGCUGUGGCUGAUGCUCAUCCUCGUCUCCUUCUCCUUCAUCAGCAUGAUCCUCUUCAUCAGAAUCUUCCCCCGGCUGCGAUGAUGACCGUCAACAACCCCCCCCCCCCCCCCCCGAACUCUUAGUGCUUCCUCCUCCUGUGUAACGCAGCGGAGACGGACUGAAACAUAUGCACUUUUGAAAAUAGAAGUAUCUUCCUCGUGGAGGUUUAGCAACGUGGUUUGAGCAUCAGUUCCCUUUUUUUAAACAGGACACAAAAUGGAUGGUGAAGAAGAGCAUCCUGUCUUAGUACCCAGAGAGCAGGGAGUAAGCCUUAAUCAUUUCAUCAUCAGGUAGACUAGCCGUGUUUACAUGUGGUUCUCAUGCAGUGCGACUAAAUCAUCUUUUGUAGAACUUUUUCCAAACAUCCUGAAGAGUUCACAAUCCGUCCUCCAUCUACUGUAUAUCAGACACAGUUUGAUCUAAAAUCCUGACUCAUAGACAUCUGUGGAAAUCUUAAAAUAGUUUAGAAAAACACUUUAACUGCAUUUAUGAGCCCUUGUUUAAUAAUGAUUUGUGGCUAUAAGGACAUCUUUAAGUGUUUCUCAACAUUAUAUCUUCUCCUGUGAAGACAUUAAUUAUUACAUCAGUGGUAUUAUUAGCUGUUUAUGGAGCAGGAGGCGUUAUAUUUGAUGAAACAUAUCUUAAUAAACUAAUACAUUAUAGUGUAUAAUACAAUAUAUUAAUAUACUACUUAUAAAUGCUUUUGGGUUAAAGUGUUUCAUUCUAAAACGACUAAACUGAUGUCAGCAUUGGUUCAAUUGUAUUCUAAUAAGUUCAGUUUUCGAGACGUUCAUUGUGAAGAAAUUGAGUAAGAGAGUUAAAUCAGGAAUAAUGAGAGAAGGAAAAAUGCUUAAUGUUUUAUUUCGCAUUUAAAGACUAAAAGUCGAGAUGUUGAGAAUAAAAUCCAAGUUUCUAUAUGCGCUAUAACACUUGUGGAAUUAUCAUAAUAGCUUGAUUUAUUUCUUGACGUAUUUACACUUCAUUCACAAAAUGCAAGAUAAAAAAAAGUAGUAAAAUGGAAAAUUUAUUUUCAAGAGUUCGACUUCUUGAAAUUCGACAGAAACACUGAUUUUAUCCUUUACAUUUCGACUGUAUGCUCAAACGUAAAGUCAAACGUAUCCCCCUUUUUCGCCAUUAAAGCUUUGUGGCAUCAGAGUUUUAAAAUGUCCGGCCCCCCUCCUCAUGAGUCCGAUUCCCUGAGUCCUGUUCCUUGUGUUUGAGUCUGUGAGUGUCUGUGGUUGAAUCGAUAAAUGUGCGUCAGGUGAUGAAUUGUCUUGUGUUGCUGAGGAUGUUUAUGAAGUGAAUUUGUUCCCAUUAAAAUGACUGAAACCCCCUGUAUCAACUACAUCCAGACUGGCACUUGUAAAUGUAUUUAAGAUCACAAGAAAGUAUGAAGAAGCUAAAAAUAUCCUUGAAUUGUUUUUGGCAUAAAAACUGUGUGAGUUGUAGGAGCUUUGUGUGACCUUUCCUCAUAAACUAAAACACUACA